UACUCGCAGCACCGGGCCCGGAGCGGCGGAGCCCAGGGUACGGAGUCCGGGGCGGGCGAACGGGCCGCGGGGCACGCAUGGAGAUGUAGUCCUGCAGCGGCAGCGGCCGAAGGGAGGGCCCUGCCGGGGCGGGGCCGACCACUGCAGCACCCGCGGAGGGUCGCGGAGCAGGAUGAUGUUUGCCGCACCCAAGCCAAUACUUUAUAGCUAUUUCCGAAGUUCCUGCUCUUGGAGAGUGAGAAUUGCACUUGCUCUGAAAGGGAUUUCAUAUGACCUGGUGCCAGUGAACCUCCUCAAGGAUGGGGGGCAGCAGUUUUCUGCUGAAUUCAAGGCAGUGAAUCCAAUGCAGCAAGUACCAGCCUUGAAAAUUGAUGGCAUCACCCUUUCUCAGUCGCUAGCUAUAAUUCAUUACCUAGAAGACACCCGUCCUACUCCCAGGCUCCUGCCCCAAGACCCAAAGAAGAGAGCUCAAGUCAGAAUGAUUGCUGAUCACAUUGUCUCCGGCAUUCAGCCACUCCAGAACCUGAACGUCCUGAAACAAAUAGGGGAGAAAAAAACUGAAUGGGCUCAGAACUGCAUCGCAUCUGGCUUUCAAGCACUUGAGCAGAUUCUACAGGACACUGCUGGGCACUACUGUGUGGGGGAUGAAGUUUCCAUGGCUGAUCUGUGCUUGGUGCCUCAAGUUUCCAAUGCUGAAAGAUUCAAAGUGAACAUGGGUCCUUAUCCCACAAUAACCAGAAUAAACAAAGCUCUCCUGGAGUUAGAGGCAUUCAAAGUAAGCCACCCAUCCCGGCAGCCAGAUACUCCUGCAGAGCUACGAGCUUGAAGUCCUGUCCUACUCAUUAAAUCAAGUAAGCUGGAGCAUCAAAAAAGAAAACAGCUACAGCUUGAGUAGGACUUCAGUGCCAUCAGGAAGCCCUAGUUCUAUUGCCUCACUUUCCUUUGGUUGGGAAGAACAGAAGACCUAGAAGCAGCCUGGAUGACUUACAGGAGCUAUGCCUGUGCUGGAAAGCUUGCAGCUACUUCUGGCUAUGUUUUUUCUAUCUGAUGCAUUUCCAUGCAGCAGAUUAAACCAGAGGGAUUCAUAAUUAUCACAA